AUACACAUGGAAAACCAGGUAUAAAAUAAAAACCUAUAUCUGGUUUACACAGAUUAAUGUGUAACACAUUAAAUUAGACAGGGCUUCAGAGGAAGCUAACAAAAAGAUGGCGGGAGCACACUUCAUAAAUUUGGAGGAAACAAUUGAAGUAAAUGAGAAACUACAAGAGAGUGAAGAAGAGGAGCAAGAUUUCAAUGACAAAGCAGAGCUCAAGAGAAAACUCCAGUGCGCUGAGACCAGCUACAGACAGGAGAGGGAGCUCCAUGACCACAUGUCUGAGCAUGGACUGACAGUCCAGAGGCUAAUAAAUGAGACAGCAGCUGAGAAUAAGUACCUCACUGGCAAAAUGAAAGAGUAUCAACAGCAGAUGGCAAAUAUAAGAAAAAUGUGGGAGGGUGAGGAUGAAGAAGCCCUGCGACAGGAGCUUCUGUCUAAGGAUGAAGGCAUUAUUAAGAACCAGUUGAUUUACAUAAGGGAGAUGGAGAAGGUGAAUCAGAGGCUGAGGGAGAAAAAUGAGGAUCUGACUGUGAAACUGGAUGCACUCUCCAAGAUAUCACUCAGAUAUCAGGAAGAUAUUCAAACUCUGAGUACAGCUGAACAGGAAUAUAAGCACAAACUGGAGGAAGUUCAUGGAGUCCUGUGUAGUAAAGAUGAUGAAAUAGAGAAGAAAUACAAGACCUUGACUGAAAAAUAUAAUGAAAUUAAGGAGUAUUUCGACACCAUUAAGGACCUCAGACAGACGCAAAGAGAACUUCAAGAGGAGCUGAGCAGCAGACAGCAGGAACACAUAUUAGCUUAUGAGGAGUCCAAGCAAUUAAGUGAGCAGCCACAUGGCUCAUCAGCAAUGGAUGAUGAUAAGCAAAAAGAUGAGAGCCCCCUGAUGACCGAAAGCUGGUGGCGUGGUUGUGCCAAAGCCCUGUGGAAAGCAGUCAAGAUAGCAGCAGACAUCACUCUUUGUGCCUUACUCUCUGUCGGUAUUAUGAUCUCCAUGACACCUAGCUGCAGCUGUCCGAAUCCUAACUGCAAACUCUGGGACCUGGUUUUUGACUUGCUGAAUACCUACAGCGAGCUCCAUUACACACACCCUCCUGUUUAUUAAGAUCUAGUUCGACCUGGGUUCUAUGAUGUCCACUCCACUGAAAACUACAGCCUGAGCCUCUUGCAAGAUAUUCCUCCCCAGGAGCUUCCUCCUCAAACCAGCAGUAGAGUUAACCAAUUGGUAAUUUUUUAAAACAAAAGAAUAAAUAAAUUUUAAAGCUUCUACUUUGUUGUCUCAUUCUUAAAUUGCAGAAGAUACAUAAUGUAGUUUGUCUGUAUUUAUAGGAUUAUUUCAUAAUUUUGUAUUAGAACACUUUGGGUCUCCAUAAUAACUUGACAGAAUAUUUUGAAGCAUUUUUAGAUGUCAUUUUUGGCAUUUUGUUGUAUUACUAUGGUAAGGUUAAAGGUGUGUAAAUAAUAGGUUCAAUCUGGAGAUGAGUCAACAUCUGCUUUCUUUGUUAGCUAGAAACUGCAAUUCUCUUUUAUUUGCUGCAUGCGCUGUG